UCUUUUGAUUGCGGAGCAUUGCACUUGGACGAACGCGUCGCUGAAUUAUAAAGUACCCGAAAUCCUUGCUUAAUAUUAUCUAUCACUAGUGCUUUAUGUAAACGGAUAUUAUGGGUCCUGUUCCGAAUUCCGAUAUAUUUCCGAAACAAUUAUCCUUCGAUGCCAACUGCGAUGGGAAUGUGAAGUACACGGUAAAGAAUGGCGAUGAUUGCUACGAGCAGACGCACACGCUGGACAUGGACAUGCAGGGCAAGUACAGUGCACCCAAGGAGGCACAUUGGCUGCUGCGUCGCAUCUAUAUACUCACCUGGAUAGGCAACUAUGAUCGACCGCAGGCCCUCGCCGAUCUCAUCGCUGGCAUCACUUUGGGCCUGACCAUCAUUCCACAGAGUAUUGCGUAUGCCGCACUUGCUGGUCUCUCCUCGGAGUACGGACUGUACUCAGCGUUUAUUGGGUCCAUCAUAUAUGUGUUUUUCGGCACCAUACCGCAGGUGUCGAUUGGUCCGACGAGCCUAAUGGCAAUUAUGACUCUGCAGUUUUGUGCGGACAAGCCAGUUCAAAUGGUCAUCGUGCUGGCCUUUCUCGCCGGCUUCGUGGAGCUGCUCAUGGGCAUCUUUCAAUUGGGCUUCAUAGUCAGCUUUAUACCAGCGCCCGUCACAAAAGCAUUUACAUCCGGCACAGCGAUGAUUGUAGUGCUGGCACAAUUGAAGAGUCUGCUCGGCAUACGACUGAAGAACAUCCCUUCGAUUAGCGCCUAUUUCAGCCAUAUUAACCCCACAGAUGCCGCAUUGGGCAUUAUCUGCAUUUGCCUGCUGCUUGCACUGCGGAUGCUCUCCCAAGUGAAGUUCAAGCAGGAUACGCCGCUGACGCAACGCCUGAAGAAGGUGCUCUGGUACAUCAGCAUAUCUCGCAAUGCUCUGGUUGUCUUCUUCAGCGGUCUCAUGGUCUACAUAUGGGUGCACAGGCGAUCAUUGGAAGCGGUGCCAUUUGCUCUCUCCUCGAAAGUCGCCUCGGCCAUGCCCACCAUACAGUUGCCGCCCUUUGCCUUCGAGUACGAGAAUCGCACGUAUGUCUUCACCGAUAUUCUACACGAACUUGGCAGCGGCGUUAUUCUGGUGCCCAUUGUUGCCGUGUUGGCCAAUGUGGCCAUUGCGAAGGCCUUCGUUAAGGAUGGCAAACUGGAUGCCUCGCAGGAGAUGCUGACACUUGGCCUGUGCAAUUUGGCCGGCUCCUUCUUCAGUGCGAUGCCCACCUGUGGCGCCUUCACCCGAUCUGCAGUGAGUCAGGCGUCAGGUGUGCGUACGCCCAUGGCUGGCAUUUACACCGGACUCAUUGUGCUCUCUGCCCUGUCGAUAUUGACUCCCUACUUUCAAUAUAUACCCAGAGCUUCGCUGGCCGCUGUACUCAUUGCUGCCGUUGUCUUUAUGAUUGACUUGACACCCAUCAAGGAGCUGUGGCAGACGAACAAAAAGGACUUUUUCAGCUGGACGGGCAGUCUUAUUAUGUGCCUGGUCGCCGGCGUUGAGAUGGGUCUGCUCUUUGGCAUUGUGGUCAGCAUGAUUUGCAUAUUGCUGCGUCUGGGCAAUCCCAAAAUUGAGGUCUAUCUCAAACAGCACGAGGGAAACUAUUAUGUGCACGUUGUGCCACAGUCGGAUAUUUAUUAUACGGGCGCCGAUGCACUACGUUCGGAGAUACGUGCGGCUUGUACGCUGUACCGUAAUGAUUUUCCAAUUGUUCUACAUUGUGGACGCUUCAUGCAGUUCGAUGCAACGUUUGUGGAAAUGCUGAUAGCCGUGGCCAAGGAGCUGGCCAAUGACAAUGUGGUGUUGGUGCUCCAGCACAUGAGUCUCAAGCACCAGCAGAUACUGCCCGUUGCCAGCAAUGUGCGCUUCUGCAGCGAGUAUCCGGAGCUGAUGCCGCCGGAUGCCAAACAGUAGCCAGCCACAACGACUAGUUCCAAUUCCGCAUGUUGGGCGAGGGGAAGACAUGGUUGCGAGACAUCUCUCGAUUUCCAUGUUGACUCACGUCACAACAUGUUGUUCGGCAAUUUUAAUUGCCCUGACGUCAGUGAUAUUUGCCUGUUAAAAUAUCCCGCUUAUCGUCCCUCGUCCGUAGGCUGUUGUCUGUCUUCCGUCGCCGCUAGAUCGCGUGCGAGUGUAGAUCACAAGCUGGCGCUUAUAUGACUGCUAUAUAGCAAUUUAGAUAUAUUAAGUCAACCUUUUAGUGUUUAUCCGUUAGCAGCCAAAUUGUAAAUACCCACUUAAUUGCAUUUUACUACUUGAUUCUAUUCUGUUUAAAUAUUCUACACACAGAGUUAAGUAAGUACGUCAGUUGCGAAACAGUAAACGAUAAUAAAGAUAGCAAUUUAAGCUAAUUAAACAAA